AUGUUCGGAUCACUCCAAACAUUCACCGAGGGCCAGGAGGUUAUGGUUACUGCUUUGACAAGUUUAAACCUUCAGUCAUCAGCAACUGGGCUUCACAAGUCCGCAGUUCCACUUUACACUUACACGAAGUUGCGGGUAUGUCGACAAGCAAUUAUGGGUACACCAAGGAUAGAUUCCUUGGCUGAGGCGAUUCCGAGCGACGUGCUCCAGGUCGACCUUUCUCGGCCUGGGAGUGAAAUCGGGACGCAGCUUCCUGCCCUGAACCAGUUCUACAGCUUGAUCGCAGUAAGGAGUCGAGCGGCACGGUUCAUGUCGAGGGUGCUUAGAAUGGGCGGAACCUUCAAGGACCUACAAGGACUAGGGAAGGCGGUAUCGGCGAUGCGAAACCGUAGCGGAACAUUACUGAGAAACGGACUAGUCUUCGCCGAUACGCAGCAACCCAGGGCUGUUAUCCACAAGUCUGCAGAUGCAAAAGGUGUCAAAAUGGUUCUCGGAGUUGGCAAAGAAGCCGCCGUCAUGCGCAUCAAAACUACAUCAGGGAAAAGCGUAUUGAUCCCACUGAUCCGAGACCCCACUUCAAGGUCCACAGCCACAAGUGUCAAAGUCAAGUGGCCGCAAGUUAUCGAAGCCAGCCGCUUAGGGUGCGAUGAUGGCUCCAUCCUGUGGCGGACCAUUGCGAUGUAUAUGAAUAUCUGCGCCUUGGUGGCCCGCCCGCCUCUCUCCUCCCCUCACCCUGAGCCCGCCUCCGUACGCAUGGCACCAGCCAAUGUCCACACAUUAUCCAAGCGCGAGAGCACAACUCUGGCCGCCCCCAUUAUUGUGGGGAUUGUCGCGGGGGUUGUAGCUUUCUUCCUCAUACUCCCGCUUGCAUGGCUCCUCGUCUGGAGGCGAUGGAAGAGGCAGCAAGUGCAUAAGAAGCAGCCUCAGCCAGUGCGGCGCAUGAGCUUGGAUUCUAAAUCUAGCUUCGACCUCCCACCCGGGCUGUCGAAGAUUGUUCCCGAUCCACCUUUACCCUCACCAAAGAGCGAGUCCAGAUACUUUUCGAUGCUAUCGUCUCUCCAGCGCUCGCCGUUGCUGCGGGACUCGGAGAUAUGUCCGCCAUCCUUGGCGCCGCCUUCAUCCCGCAAUCCCCCAGGGCUUGCAACCCAUUCACGACCUCCGUCGAUCGAUGAAGAGUCCGAGAAGUACACGCUUGCGGUAGCUAAGCGGUUAAGUACCAGAUCGGCGCUGAUGCGCUUCAAGCCCAGCCUCAGCCGCUCGAGUUCGACCACCUCCGCGAGUGUCUACUCCGUCGCGUCCGCCCCAAUAUCCGAGCACGAGCGCAUCCUCAUGCAGGCGUCUCUCCAGCCUAUGCCUGUUUCAGCACCAGCAUGGAUGGCUUCGAUGCCGAGACCCGAGAUGGGAGCAGGUGCGUCCGCGCCCGCGCCAGCGGGGAGGGUGACUGGUGUCAGACCGUUGCCGCCCAUUCUCAUCCCUGGAAAUGGGAAGACAUCCCAGCCAGCGGGUCGUCGUCUCAGCGCGCAAGUGCGCAAGCUGCCGGCCAUUCCGGAUACGGCGUCCUCGAAUGACCACUCUCGCCCGCUAUCCAUGGAUCUUGAUUUCCCAGUGAUGGCACCUACCCCAUCCACCGACGAUGGAAGCCAAAGGGAUUCGCCUGCGCGUCCCAAAUCUCACACAUCUUGGGCUCCUGCACUUGACAUCUCUUCGUUUGCGGCGGCUGGUCGUUCAAUAAUGAGUUUCGUGGCCCCAGCCUCCCCCGCCCCAUCACCCGCUCCCUCCGACUCUACAGGGUCCACCAUCAGACCUUGGCAGCCACAAAUACCGCCUGUUGCACCGCUUUUUAUAGCAACGCGUACCAGCGCCGUCCUACCCGAUCGGGAGGGGUUGUCGGCCUCGCCACCUCACGUCUUGCCUACGCUCCAGGCUCCUCCGGACGUGCCGGCCCCGUCGGUGCCUGCUAGGUCGCCCAUGCGUGGAGCGUUUGCGGUGUAA